GAGGCGUGAGGAGGUGUUCGGGGCUCCCCUGGGUGGUGGCAGCUGGGCACCCAAAGGAACUACAACUCCCAGCAGCCCUCGCGCGGCGCCAUUUCCGGCGGGGCCAGAGCGGCGGCGGGCGCCCCCCCAGUUUCAGGAUGGACCCGUCGGAGCCGGGCAGCGCUGCCGAGGACGAGGAGGAGAAGCUUCCAGAAGUUCGGCCUCGCACCCGCUCGAACCCCGAGGGCGCCGAGGACCGAGCCCCGAGCGGCCUGGGCAGCGUGGGCACCCGGGGGGACACCGUGGGCACCCGGGGGGACACCGUGGGCACCCGCGGGGACACCGUGGGCACCCGGGGAGAGGCCGUGGGCACCCGGAGCGAGGGCAACCGGGCAGAGGCCGUGGGCAACCGGAGCGAGGGCGAGGGCGAGGCGGCCAGCGCCGGGCACAGCCCCCCCGGGCAGCCUGGCACGGCCUGGCACGGCCCCGGCGGUGCCCAGCACGGCGAGGUGACCGUGAGAACGCCCCGGGUGAACUGCCCCGAGAAGGUGAUCAUCUGCCUGGACCUGGCUGAGGAGAUGGCAGUGCCCAAACUGGAGUCCUUCAACGGGUGCCGCAGCAAUGCCCUGACGGUGGCACAGAAGAUGAUCGAGAUGUUCGUCAGGACCAAACACAAAAUCGACAAAAGCCACGAGUUCGCCCUGGUGGUGGUGAACAACGAUGCCACCUGGCUCUCGGGGUUCACGUCGGAUCCCCGCGAGGUUUGCAGCUGCCUCUACGACCUGGACACCGUCGUGUGCCAGUCCUUCAAUCUGGACGGGCUCUUCAACCUCAUCCAGCAGAAGGUGGAGCUGCCGGUGACCGACAACGUCCAGACCAUCCCGCCGCCCUUCGUGGUCAGAACCAUCCUGGUGUUCGGGCGCCCGCGCUGCCAGCCGCACUUCUGCGGGGGCGAGCACGUCAAGGUCUGUGCCACCCACACCCCCUGUGCCACCCUGUCUCAGGAUAAGCCAGCUUCGAGCCCGUUGUGUCCCCGUUGUGUCCCUCCCCAGGACAUGUUCGGGUUUUUCGGCAGCCUGGACACCAAAGGCACCAACUACAAGUACGAGGUGGCCCUGGCGGGGCCGGCGCUGGAGCUGCACAACUGCAUGGCCAAGCUGCUGGCGCAUCCCCUGCAGCGGCCCUGCCAGAGCCACGCGCACUACGCGCUGCUGGACGGGGGGGACAGCCCCGAGGGGGACGCCACCGCCUGAGGGGACAGCCCCCCGGGGAGGGGACAGCCCCCGGGGGAGGCCACCAGCUCAGGGGACAACCCCCGGGGGAGGCCACCCCUUGAGGGGACAGACCCCAGAGAGGGGACAGCCCUGAGGGCAAGGCCACCCUUUGAGGGGACAGCCCCCUGAGAGAGGCCACCGGCUCAGGGGACAGACCCCAGAGAGGGGACAGCCCCCGGGGGAGGCCACCCUCUGAGGGGACAGCCCCCGGGGGAGGCCACCCUUUGAGGGGACAGCCCUGACAGCAAGGCCACCCUCUGAGGGGACAGCCCCCGGGG